GUCUGUGAUAUGGGCACGGCAUCUUUGAAGCAUUCCAACGAGUCUUAAGGUGAGAAAUCGAGGACUUCAUGCAGCGCAGCUGCGUACCAUUGCUCCCAGCGAAAUCAGGCACCGCCCUAUAUUUCCGGAGUAUAUCCGCGGCCUCCACCUCGCGUAAUGUCAACGAGCGCGUCCCAUCAUUCCACUCGUCUCAUCAGACCAAGUUUCUUGAACGCAGCAAUGAAACGCUCCGACGUCCACCACGUCACAUUCCACAUCGAGCGCGCGACUGUGCUGCUCUCAGUACCCGAGGCGACAACACUUGCGAGCUUGCGUUCCCAGCUCGUUCCCGCUCUCGCGACACUAGCGCGCAGUGCGCUGUCCUCCUCUCCACCCAGCAGCGCCGACGACAUCCAGCUGUGGGAGGACCGUGACACCGAGGGCGCGACGGGUAUCCGCGUAUGCGACGAAGGGAGCAUCAAGAGCUUGGGAUGGGCGCGAUGGAAGCGGCUGUAUAUCAGCAUCCGUGGUGAUGACGGGAGCUUUGGCGAGCCUAGCUACACCAUCCCUGAUCCCAUGGACGGGGACGAGGAGCAGUAACAGAGAGGCGUGCAGGUCGACGGAGGAGGUGCAAGGUGGGACUGGCGCUGUAGGGGCUGUGAGCAACUCCGCGACAGCAGCAGUUACGGUGCAAGUGGCGGGAUCGCUGAGUCUGCGAGCAUAUUUCCUGCCCGGUGGUCACAGGGGCGCGGAUCACUUUGAGAGUGGACGAAUAGGUCAGGAUAAUGGAUUUACAUGUUGGC